AUGGAAAACAAGCUCCUCCAACCACUUCUACCUCAAUUCAACCCUUCCUCUCAUGAAACUAACCAAUACAAAAAUUCAAAAUUCUUGAUUCCAAACAACAACAUCGUUCACCGACUCCUCUUUUUUCUCUUUGUAGCAAUAACAUCAAUAUGGGCAAACUAUGAAGCAUCAAAGACUUUUGACAUAUACAUAGUAAAUGACACCAAAGACUCCCAUGCCGGACGUCGUUUCACUCUUUUCUACAUCUCAAACGACAGAGCCGAACGUAUACUCCUCAACACAAGCUCUUUCGUUGAACAAGUUCUUUACCCUAAUAGUAUAAAUGAUAAUAUCAAGAAUAAAAAGAAUAUAAAGAGUGUGACUCUUCGCCUUGUUCGUCAAAAUCUCAAUUCCACCACCACGGUUAUCGCCGCUGACGAUGAAAAGAAUAAUAAAAAAUAUAUAAUUGAGAUUAGUCCUAUGUUACUUGAAGAUGAAAAUUUCAACAAAAUGGCAAUAGUGGGUGAAAUUCAACGUGCCAUGGCUAGAGUAUGGCUAUGGGAUGGAAGAUCUAAGGCUCCAUCUAGGCUUCUCGAUGGUAUUGCGGAGUAUGUCGCUGAGUUAGCCGGAUUCCGUCGUGAGAGGCUCUCCGGUGGAGUUGAUGAGUUGCCGGAACCGGAAUGUGGUUUAUGGUGGGACGAUAAGGACCCUACGCAUGUUGCACGUUUGUUGAAUUAUUGUGAAAAUAAUGAGAAGGGGUUCAUCCGACGGUUAAAUGAGGCUAUGAGAGACACGUGGCAUGAUCGUGUAGUGGAUGGUUUGUUGGGAUUGAAUGGCUCCAAGCUACUAUGUGGAUUGUAUAAUGCUUCUUCUCUGUAG